CGGAAAUUUAGCAUCUUGAUCCACUUUCUCGACUAACUUUUUUGCUCCGCAUUUACUUUUAUCGCGUGAGAAUCAGGCUCCAGCAGCUAAAGAUCACAGAGCCAAGACAACUCCGAAUUCCGAGGUGACUCCGAAUGCGAUGGCUGGCAGAGAUGAGUCACAUCCAGUUCCUCCAAGAUGUGUCGUUGAACUAUCGGUGAGGAAAAUAUCUGGCGGGAUUCCGGCGGACAAUUAUAAUAAUAAUAAAUAAAGUCGACUUAUCACAAGGAAUACUGUGCUGGGCAGUAGAAAGCGAUGGCGCUGCCACCUGGGUAUACUCUUCACUCCGGGCUGCCCUCAGUCGACGCCUACCUCCACUUGCGCUCUUCAACGGGCCUCUCGCCCAAAUGCGCUUCUCAGGCAACUGCUUCUAUAAACGGGACGUGGUAUGGCUGCCACGUCACAUACCAAUCCCCAACCAACAGUGACAACGAGUCGUCCCAACCCGAGGCUGUCGCCAUGGGUCGUAUAGUCGGGGAUGGUGGAUGGUAUUUUGUCAUCGCCGACAUGGCUGUUCUGACAAGCCACCAACGAAAAGGGUUGGGCGAUGUUAUUCUGAAGCAGUUACUCAAGAAGAUCAAGGAAGUGGCGCCGGUGGAAGAGGGAUUUCGGCCGUAUAUCAACCUGCUUGCUGAUGCGCCGGGGAGGAGAUUGUAUGAGAGGAAUGGGUUUGUGUAUACUGAUCCGCACUCGUUGGGGAUGAUGUUUCAGUGGGAUUGACUUGCGAUGUAACGAAAGCAUGGUAUUAGACUGGGUACUAGAGAUCAUAGAUUGCCGAGCGGCCUGGCCGUGAGGAUUGUUCCAAUUAUCGUUGGGCGUUUUUGCCGAUGUAUUCAACACAUUGCUCUCGGAUGAUGGGGAAAUACGGUUAUAAUGUAAUAAUGUACAGACAUACGAGGAUGGCCAGUCGGUAUGUUGACAGGUAAUCAAACAACCAAACUAGUUAAUUCAGAAGUGUAAAUUUUUCCUCGUUGCUUUCAACAUGGGCGAGAGGUUUUUUAUAAUCAUUAUUAUUGUUAUUCUUUCUUUCUUUACAUUGGCCAAGCUUUGGCUGGUCUCACA